CUUCGUCUUUGUUUUCUUCUGUCAGCUGUUUGGGGGAGGGGUUUGCACUCACUGAUCCCAGCAGGGAUCCGAUUACCGGGUGCAGUUCUCUGCAGCUUCUCUCCACCCGAAGCCCAUGCCGUUAUCAGCUCAGGCUGUGUGUGCUGGGAACCCUGUGCGGUGGGGGUUUUCCUUGCCGUGGGCAGGUCUAAGCACAGUGUGCUUCUGCUGUCUGGAGGCGACUGCUGAUGACAUCAUAGAGGUGUGCACCUGUAGUUAAGUUGUGCAUGGUGCUGGCAACUUUGCCCUUAGUAGUGUGCUGUUCAACAUGGAGCCAGCUGCCUCUAAACGCGCCGCUUCUAGGACUUCAGGUGAUUCUGUCCCUGUGGAGGAGCCUGUGUCUAAAAGGGAUAAGCAUCAUGGCAAAGAGGAUAAGGAGUUAAGGAUGUGUAAAGCGUGUGAUAAUUCUGCUAUCAAGGGUAGAAGAUUAUGCCAGAUAUGUUUGGAGGAGUAUGCUACCAGAGACCUUAGCAAGAAUUUAUCUGCUACUCCUGCUCUCUCUCAUGCUAGUUAUCCUGAGAGACCCUCCACUUCUGCUGUCGCUCCAGUGGAUCAAUCCAUUAUCAGAGACUGGGUUAGAGAAGCAGUAUCUGAAAGCCUAAAAAACCUUCCGGGUAGUAAAGAGCCAUCUGCGCAGUCUAAAAUUGUAUUAUCUUCUGGGGAUGAAGGUGAAUGUUCCUUUUCUGAUGAGGAGGAUGAUGAUGAAGAUGAGUCUCAGUGUUUUGAAACUAAACUUGUUCCUUCUUUAAUUAAAGCGGUGAGAAGAACCCUUAGUCUGGAGGUCCCUCAGCCUGAAUCUUCCAUAUCCUCCUUUUUUUCUAAGAAGAAAAAGCCAUUUUUUCCUGUGCAUCCUGAAAUUAAAGACAUUAUGAAUCAAGAAUGGGCUAAAGGUCCUAAAAAGACCCCUGUGGAGGCUAAAAUUGCUCAGUUGUAUCCUUUUUCUCUGGAAGAUCUAGAAUUAUGGGAGAAUCUUCCCACUGUUGAUGCCCCGGUGGCACGCUUAUCAAAGAAGACGGUGCUUCCAAUUGACGAUAUUUCAGCCUUAAAACACCCGAUGGACAGACGUAUGGAAACUGAACUGAAAAAGUUAUUCAUGAUGGCUGGGGCAGCUUGUAAGCCUUCUGUGUCCAUAGUUUCAGUUUCUAAAGCAAUUUCCAUUUGGGCAGACAACAUUGAACAAGCAGUUCUGGAGGAUUCUCCUAGAGAGAAGAUUGCUCAAGCCCUUUUAGAUCUCAAGAAGGCCGCAGAGUUUUGCCUUGAAGCUGCUAUUGAUCUUUCUAGAUUAUCGGCUCGUAAUCUUAUGUAUUCGGUUGCUGCCCGCAGAGCAUUAUGGCUUCGCUCAUGGUAUGCGGAUACCGCCUCCAAAAAAUACGCUGUGUAAAUUGCCCUAUGA